AGACUAACAGCUCGUCGUUACAUUCAUCGGUGUUAUGUGACCAGAAACUCGCAGGUGAAUGUGUGUACACACAGAUGACGAACCACACACACGCGCUCUGAAAUGGGAUGUUUCAUAGGCUAAAGAUUACGACAAACGCCAGCGGACAGCGGAAUUUAAAUCGGAUUUCUAUAUCAUACCAAAAGCAUGUCCACUUUUGUGGCCCAUCCCUCGGUUUGUGUCAGAGGAACAGAGCACACAUACACACCUGUGCUGUGUCAGGAUGAGAAGUGUUUAGGGCAGGAAAAAGGAGUGCACAUGCACUGCCCGCUCUGUUCUGUGGCCGAGAUUUACCAAGAUCCCGUCAUCCUGCGAGCUCACUUCCGUAUCAAACACGUGGACAAAGGCAUUGACUUUGCAGGCUUGAAGGUGCUGCGCUGCUGUAUCCAUUGUGAGAUUGUGGGCACUAUUAAAGGAGAAAAACGGUUUAAAGGUGCACACUGGCACUGUUACCGCUGUAGAAAUGGUUUCAACAGGAGGGACGAGGCCAUCAAACACUAUAAAACACACUUCCGAAAUCCCCACACAACAUUCCAGAUCCAAGUCACACAGAAUGUGAACUGCCGACAGUAUUACGGUGAGAGCUCAGAGGCUCAUGCUAAAGCCUAUGAAGGGCUGGCGGUUAGUCUUGGACCAAGUGGAGAUGGCUUUGGAUCCAUCUUAACUCAGCCCAUCCUGACCACUGACACUGAAACCCUACUAACUGUGGAGCCAAAGGAAGACUGUGAGAGAAAUGGAAUCCCAUUGGGAGCUGAGGAAGAGGUGGGGUCUUCCCAGAAUUCAUCUGAUGGGACUCAGACUCUUGUUCUUAUGGACCCUGAUGGACAGGGAAACAGUGUGAUCUAUGAUACAGCUACUGGUAUCCUCACUGAACAGGAGGCAGAAAGUUUGGAACAUACCCUGCUACAGAAACGACUCCUGGAGCUCCACCAGCAGACUGACACACUACGUCAGGAGAAGGAGAGUAUGGAGAAGACACUACGAGCUGAAAUUAAACAGCUCAAAGAACAGGUUGCAAGCCUGGUUCAGUCUAACGUAAGGAUGUUUGAGGAACUCCAAGCUUAUCAAUGUCCAGAUCACAGCCAGCAGAAGGUGGCCAAGCUUCUGGAAAGCCUUGAAGCUCAGCACAAAGAGCUCCUGCAGGCCCAGCUGGCCUCACUCAGGAGGGAGAUACUGUCAGGGGCAGAUAACAUGCCUAUCAAUGGCCACAAGGGGGCUCUGGAGCUCAAUGUAGAUUCAGAGGAGUCACAAACUGAAGCCAUCAGUGGCACUUUAACAGGACUGGAGGAUAUGGAUGUGCAACUACAAACUGAGCAACACAAAUCCACAGAGCUUGAGCUAGUACCAACCGAUACAAUUCCCUGUUUGGAGAGCCCCGGCUUGGACUUAGAUUUGCCAAACAGUGGCUUGACUACAUCUAAGGUUUUAGAGGAUAAACAGGAAGUGUCAUUGUCCUUUGUGUCAUCUAAAAAGCGCAGCUCAGCAGAUGACUCGGAAGAGAUGACUGAAAGCAAAGUACAGAGAGUCAGCUGAAAAUGACUUGACCUUAAAAACACACUCGUCUCCAUUCCUCAUUCUUAACAAAUUGCUGUUACCUUUCCCACACAUUUCCUGGUAAAAAAGAUAUACAGAGUGAUAUUUAUUAUGUAAUUUGGCAAAAUGUACAUAGGAAAUUCCAUGUUCUAAUAAUUUUAAUCUUUUCCAUGCUUAUUUAUGUUUAAUUGCUGGUUUUGUCAAUGCUUUCUGAUGUACUCGUAUGCUCUUGUCACUCAAAGAAUGUGUAGGAUUAAAGCAUAGGAUUUAGAGAGAACCAUGUAACUGAUCAUAAAUUCAUAAAGUAAAAAAAUUGUGUUGAACUUC